CCCGCACACCUGCCUAAGCGAACUCAGGCACUCGGCCCACCAGCCAUGAGUGCCGUGCCACCUAGCCAAGAACAUCCACAACCAAGAACUUCUCCAACGGCACAAACGGCCAGAGUCUGCUGUGCGAUUGGCCGUCAACGUCGCGCCGAAUAUGCGGGACACAGUGGGGCGGGCGGUUAACGAGUGCUUCGUGACGCUCGACGUUGGCAAAUCUGAGGAUGAGCGGUCGCCGUCCCUACCCAACCACGUCAACCCCGCAUCUCGAGUCUCGAAGCGGUCAAAGUAUCACAGGAUAUCGAUGAUUCCGCAGUUAACACGCCGUCAGCUCUCGAUGAGCUCCGCUUACCGUUGAACCGAACCUAUAUUUUGCCCCUCAACGGAACAAUGUCAUUCGGUGACAGCAUCAAGUCGCUGCUCGACACAUAUGCGAACUGCAUCUCGCUGCUCAAAGCCUUCGGGCAUGGCCGUGAAGAGGAUGGCUCAGUUGACUCUGAACACCGACGUUCCCAUCUUCGCAAAUCCAUCAAGGCCGACCGUUCCUCGAUCAAACACGCAUACUCGUCCAGGCUAUCUACAACAGGGGACCGAUUGAGGAAAGGCGACGCCCGCGCAGUCUCGGCUCUCGAUCGCGUUCUUAAGAAGCUCAAAGGCGCAAUAACAAACCUCCUUCGCCUUUCUAGCAAGAAAGAUGGGCUCGACUUGGACUACCAGUCACUCAUGUCGCUGUCAAACGGAUCGAGAACCGAAGCGAUCAAGGCGAUCGACAGCCUCUCCCGCCGGCUCUCAAACCCCUCGCGAUCAUCGGCAGCGUCAUCUAAAACCAGAGCAUCAUCCAAAACGUCCUCGUCUCGGCGCAAACCCAAGUCACCAUCCAACCCGGGAUCUCCCAGUUCACGGCCGGCGAAAAAGGCCCAGCCAGAGAACGCAAAGGAAAAGUCGCUUGUUGUUGCCCAAAACGGCCAGGUAGCAAGCAAAGAUCGUAAGAAAGGUCCCGAAAAGAUACGCAAAAAGCCACAGCCAGUUACGCCGCCUCCGUCAAAAUCACCAGAUACAAAAUCCGAAGCCAAGCGUUCCCAACCAAUGAGCCGGGACCCGACGAGACCGAGGACGCCAAAGUUGGCCGAGGAGAACAGAAUAUCGAUACUAUCGUUCGCUUCAGACAGCACCAAGCUAGGGGAGAUUCCGCAGAGGAGGUGGCAGUCCGUCAUGCAUUACAGCGCAACUGACCCAGACGGUGACGAGUAUAACGUACGCCCCACGUUCCCGCUGAAGCCGUACACGGUUGAGGUUAAGGAGAAGAGGUUUUUCGGGUUGUUCAGUCGGAAGCGUGGAGCAUAAAGGAGCUUAUUUUAAGCCUGACUCGAACUUGCAUUGUUGAGCCUUUUGUAGAUGUACCUUUCUGCGUCGAUCGCAAGCCACCAGCUGGGGGGCAUCUUCUUGAUGGAGUCUCAUCUCCUGCCAAGGUGUUCUAGGCCCUGCCACGCGGUUCAGGCAACGGCAGCGCAGCUCAUCGUCGACCUGAAUCCCUGGGCGUUGUUCUUGGCUCAGCCCAGUGGAUUCACCAUCGACAAAACUCAAAAGAAGGCAGAUCGCGCGUACCACCGACAACUGUGAAGACAUUCC